AGAGCAGAGGCCAUUCACACACUGGCAUUCAAAGCCACUCUUGAACACUUUUAGACACACUCAUGCGUGCAGUGGAUGUGUUGCUACAGGAGGGAAGGAUGAAGAGCGGAGUGAAGGGAUCCCCCGUGCAAACUCCACUGAGCCCAAAGAACACAGUAGCCAGCCUCGCUGAGUGAAUUUCCAGGAGUGGAUUGUUUGCUGCCAGGAGAAGGGAUUCACUAUGAGAGUUUUGGACUUCUAAAAGGAACCUGUUGCUAGGAUUACUUCUUGGAAUACUCAGAUAAUGUGAUGCACUCUGGAAGAACUCCAUCACCUUAAAACAUAUUUUUGUGAGCACAGCCAAGCCACAAUGCCGACUGGUAAGCACAGUGAAACUUUCCCCCAGAUGUUACUUUUUUGAUGGUGACAUCUGGCGCAUAUAAAAAACGAUUACAGCUAUUUGCCGGAUGCAUUGCCACCUGUUCCUGAAGUCCCGGACUCUGGCUCAGCCCUGAGCUCCAGCGACAUCCCGACUCGCUGCCUCCGCAAUCCGGCCUUCCGUUACGCUUCCUUGCGCUAUUGCUCAGCACACAGCAUGGACUCUUCUCCAGACAGCGCCGAAAGGCCAGUCAGCUACAGCUCCACCUCAUCCUCCGCUUCCUCCCGGGACAGUCACUGCUCACUAGGCAGCCGCUCCACACUUGUCCACACCCCUCACUGUAACCCUGUGACCUCAGACCAGGACUCCGGAGCUAUACGUUUGGAGCUGGUUCCGGCCCAGCAGCUGGGAUGCGGAGAGGAGGACAGAAGAGAUGAUGAAGGGCUAGAAACAGGAAGGCAGCCUGAGAGAAAGGGCACUGAACAGGCGGCAACUGAUCAUUCCGAACCGGAGCUGGGUCUUGACAGGGGGGGAGAGCGGAUUGGUCAGGUGCAAGGACCCAGGACAUAUGUGGACCGGGUGGUGCAGGAGAUACUGGACACAGAGAGAACCUAUGUCCAGGAUCUCAGAAGCAUUGUGGAGGAUUACUUGGAGAAUAUCAGUAACCAGGCUCGACUGGCUUUGAGCUCUGAGGAUAAAGGCUCUCUGUUUGGCAACAUCCAGGACAUCUACCACUUUAACAGGGACUUGCUUCACCACCUGGAGAAGUGCAACGCCGACCCUGUGGCCAUUGCAGAAUGCUUCGUAUCAAAGAGUGAAGAAUUCCACAUUUACACCCAGUACUGCACCAACUACCCCAGGUCGGUGGCUGUGCUCACCGAGUGCAUGAGGAACAAGGCGUUGGCCAAGUUUUUCCGCGAGCGCCAGGAAUCUCUGCGGCACUCCCUGCCCCUGGGCUCCUACCUGCUCAAGCCAGUGCAGCGGAUCCUCAAGUACCAUCUGCUGCUUCAUGAGAUAGCCAACCAUAUGGAGAAGGACACAGAGACGUACGAGGUUGUGCAGGAAGCCAUAGACACCAUGCAGAGAGUAGCCUGGCACAUCAACGACAUGAAGAGGAAGCACGAGCACGCUGUUAGACUGCAGGAAAUCCAGAGCUUGUUAACCAAUUGGAAAGGCCCUGAUCUGAUCGGCUACGGCGAGCUGGUCCUCGAAGGAACAUUUCGUCUGCAGCGAGCCAAAAACGAGAGAACGCUCUUCCUGUUCGAUAAGCUUCUGCUGAUCACCAAGAAACGAGAAGAAACCUUCACGUACAAGGCUCACAUCCUGUGCUGCAACCUCAUGUUGGUGGAAGUUAUCCCUAAAGAGCCGCUGAGUUUCAGCGUGUUUCACUACAAGAAUCCUAAACUACAGCACACGGUCCAGGCCAAGUCCCAGCAAGAUAAGCGCACGUGGAUCUUACACCUGAAGAGGCUCAUACUUGAAAAUCACCCUGCCAAAAUCCCUGCCAAGGCCAAACAAGCCAUUCUGGAGAUGGAUGCAAUGCACCAUCCUGGAUUUCACUUCAGCAGUCCUGAUGGCGACAAGAAGGAUUCUUCUCAGACAAAAGAGGGCCCCAGCCCUCGCAGAGGACGCAGGAAAGAACCGUUAUCAAAAUUACUGAAGAAUGCCAGACAGAAUGCUGCCAACACUGAUGGAGAAAAGCGAACAAGUCUGGGCGCAACCCUGCUCUCUCCGGUGUCCCAGCUGGCUCUGGGUACGAUAGGUCGCAGCCGCAGUCUCAUCAACCAAUCACAGGAGUCUUUGGACCCUGGCGACCACUACGACCACAGUGAUAGAGAGGAAGGGGAGGAGCCACAUCAACGAGAUGCUGAUGAUGAGGAUGAUAGCGGCCUUGGAGGUGGGAAGAGGUUGCGAGUCCCAGGUAAAAGCAGUAGGAAGAGGUUGAACCCUCAAGCAUCCGUGGACAGUAUCGAACAGUGGAAAACCUUCAAUAUGAGCGCUUCAGAUCUACAGAGAGCCAGAGAAUCCCUUGUGAGGGACGCAAGUCACCACCCGCCACUUCGCAGAAUCCCUCAUGUCACGGAAGAACCUCCAGAGUCCCAGGUCCCAUCAGUCGUCGUGACAGAUAGUGAUCACUCUGUUCGGAACAUUUGGGCAGACCACCGCGCUCGCAGGGCCAUGUUCCCCACCAGACAGAGAACCAUGCAGCCUGAUGAUGACGACGAGGACAUCUACCAGAUGUUUGUUCCCACGGAACCAAGUGGACCAGAACCUGAGGGAUCCUCAGACAGAUUGGACGCCACCUUGUCUCCGAGGGCGGCCCGGCCAUGUAGCUGGCAUGUGGAACAGCUGCCGACUAUCCAGACUGAACCUCCGUCGAGCGGCAGCAGGGUUCUGCGAAGGGCGAGCAGUGUUGGGGAGAAUGCCACAGACGUUCAGAAAGGUCUGGAUGACAACCAGCCUGGUCACAACCUGGAAGUGAUUCACACAGAGUCCUCUAGCAAUGACAUAUCUGGAUCCUCGUCCGCCGAACAGCUAACGAUGGAUGAUAUUGAAAAUGUAUAUGACAACAUCAGCUAUGAAGAUCUUAAGCGAAUGGGCCUUAUCAGAAGAGAUUCAGAGGAAAUACGGAAAGAACCUUCUUCUGUUGCACACAGUUCGCAUAGCCAAUUAACAAUGACACCUAAUGUUCCAGAGGUCCCAGACACCACAGAGCCCAUCAUCAAAUUAGACAGUUUCAAAGAGACCAACCAGUUCUCAACUCAGGAAGGGAAGCCAGCGGAGACAUCUGAGCUGAAGAUAGUAGAGGAGAACAUCUAUGACACUAUUUGUUUUAGGGAUCCUCCAUCAGUAGAAGGCAAGGGAAUCAAAACUGAUCACCAGAGAGACAGUCUGCUGGAUUCUGAACAACACUUAAGUGGAAGCAUCCGAGCGUUUGUAUCAGAGGAGAGUCUCCGCUUUGGAGACAAUGAAAGAUCAGGAGCCCUGAAUCCUGUUCCGUCAGAGCCAGAGUACUCCUCGUCAUCUGCUUCCAUUGCCUCCCAACAUUCACAGAAAGGAGAUCAAAUGUCAGAACAUGUUGAUGAGCUCUGGAAUGACUUGGAAAACUACAUCAAGAACAACGAGAGGAAAGCCGACCGACUGCCUGCUGCUUUCCCAGUCAGUGCCAGUGAGUCACCCAAGGGGACAACCCCAGUCCAAACCAGUCCUGUGGCGGAUCCACAAGUAGCCAUUCAUUCAACUAAGAACCGCCCAGCACAUCAGACUAAACCUCCUCCUAUGCGCUCGUCACAAUCCUUCACCAUCCCAGUCAUCAACCUGCCUGACCUUCAAAGUGACGGAACCACUGAAGACGAACACCCGAGUCCUGUUCCUAGUCCACAACCUCUUCCAGUCACACCAGAACCCCUCCCGGGCACAGUGAAGAGCAUCCGCAACAGACUGGCUCGCCUCAGUAGUGGCAGCUUCCGACUAGAGGACGACGACCUGGUGGAACUUCCUCCAAAAACCCCUCCUCAGACUGUGAAUCCUAUCAAGGAUCUCCAUAGUUUGUUUCCAGGGCAGCUGGCAGGUCUAGACUCGCCACUGGCAUCCUCCUCUCUCCUGCUGGGCGAGUCAGUGGACUUCCCCCUGGAACUUAUGGACAAAACUAAGAGCCGUGUCUUUCUGAUGGCACGGCAGUAUAGCCAGAAGAUAAAGAAAGCUAACCAGCUGCUGCGUAUGAGGAGCAUGGAUCCUGGGGACUCUUGUGGUCGACCAAGACCUGACAGGAGGCAGAAAGACCUGGCGGCCAUCUUAGAGGAAAAGAAACAAGGGGGAGCUGCCAUAGGUGCAAGGAUAGCAGAGUAUUCCCAGCUCUAUGACCAGGUCAUGUUUAAGGAUUCUUCCGCUACAGCGCACCACAGCCAUCCCGGUCUGUCAUCUUCUCCGUCCAUGCCUGAAACCUCCCUGGAGGAGGAAUGGCUACACUCCACCUACAGCAAUGGGGAGCUUUCCAGCUUCAUGUCUUCUUCUGGCGAUGUGCGCAACGCAAGAGCCUCUUCCACGCCUCAGCGCAAACUUACAACUUCCUGCUCCAUCCCUUCUCUCAAGAUGGCCCCGGCCUCCCCGAGCUCACCACCAUCCCAAAGAUGGAGCUCGUGCAUAUCGGCGCCCAACGAGAAAGAUGAGCAUGUGUACAGUACCAUCAAAAGACAUCCUUCCUCUCCAACAAGACACUGUCAGUCAGUCAGCUCUUUAAGUAGCCAGCAAUUGCAGAAUAACAACCAGUCUGGACUGAAAUGUAAUGGACCUGCUGUAGAUUGUUCCAUCGAAAGACUCCAAGGUCCCUCUAUGGGCCGUGCUGGUCGUCAGAGCAGCCUCCCGGAGAGGUCUACCCAAGGAGAGUCAGAUCUCACCUUACAUGACGGCCAACAUGUAGUUGUCCUGAACAGAGCGUCCGCCUUGAGCAUCCUCACCGCCACCCAGAACUACUUUGCCAACUUUAAGGACAACGGGGACGACGACGACGACUACGUGGAGAUCCGCUCCGAGGACGAAAUCGAACCGGAGCAGGGCGGGAUGACACAGCAAAGUUGCAGCUCAGUGGCGGGCCUUCCCUAUCAAAACAAGGGUCUCGUCCAUUCCCGGAGUUUGCCGUGCACGCCGGUGCACUCCGCUGACCCGCUGAGAUCACUGGAUCGUGAGCAACUGGAGAAGUACCUGUGGAGUGAACCACAGCAGAACCAACCCAAAAUAGUCCAAUCUCUGAGGGAAAAGUUUCAAUGUCUGAGCUCCAGUAGCUUUGCCUAAGUUUAUUAAAAGCCAAAUAUAUUACAACAUAACAAACUACAGACAUUGCAACAGAAAGAGUCCCCUGCUACGACUACUACUGCUACUACUAGUACUACUACAAAGAAAAGGGAAUAUAACACAAAUAUAGCACAAGUUCUUCGUAAGCCAAUUUCUUUGAUUGCAGAGUGCAGAGAUUUUGUAACACUGUACUGUAUAUGUAAAUAACCAUUUUAUGCUUCCGAGUACAGCGCAUAGGACGUUAUUGGUGAACAAUGGAGCUUUGAAUCCUACCUGCAAUCUGCCGUAGCACUUCCAGUCGUCUCAUGAAGUAAUCCCACUACAAUGAAUGGGUUGUGUUCUUUCACUAACGUUACACACAAGGACCUUGUUCAUCUCAAAUCCGGACAUGAUCUUGCUCCGUACAGCCCUUCUCUUGCUCUUUUUAGGUUAUUUUAAAUCAGCAUUUUCAGCACCUAGUCACACGUCAAAAACGUUUAAAAAAAAAAAAAGCAGCUUUCCAAAUUGCAGCAGAUUUGCUACCGAGGCUCACUUUUAACAAGCUUUUUCGUGAUGAAUCUUGCAAAAGUAACGCAGCAAAAUGUUAGACAUUACAAAUUUAAUAGGGUAGGCAUAAUCAAUUUGUAGUGAUUAUAUGUGUCUUAGGGUAACAAAAAAAAGCACGCUGAUAUUUCAGACUACCUUUAAGAAACACAAGGCGUCAUAUUUAUUUUAAACUGCAGCAAUCAAAUGUUUUAUGUGAUCAAAAGGUCAGGGGGCAUCCAUUAUGAAGAGUCAACAUAUGGAUUUUAUUCUGGGACUACAAUGGCUCACACUGAUGGUUUGUUAAAGGACUACAGUGCUGUAUGGUGUUUUACUUCAAUGGAAAGUGAGUGGUUAUGUAUCACACUACUGAUCAACAGUUACACAGGGCUGUUCAUUAAUAGUUGUCUUAGUAUAUUUCAUAUCAGCAAAUCUAGUACACACGACUCAAAGCAUCUUAUUUAUUCAAAAGCAUCCCUAUGAUGACUUGUAUUACUAUUCAUGCAAGGGCAGGUCCAUUACAGGUUGUAAAUGAAAGAUUAAUGUAUUUAUUAAAAGUUUAUUUUGAUUUUGGGGGUGUUAAUUCGCCACAUUCAAAUCAAAUACUGUGAAUUGGUAGUGUUUCUUUUUUUCUUUCAUGCACUGCUUCAUACAAGUUCCAAAUGUAAAGUUAAUAAAGAUUAAAAAGCACAACAUCACGGUAAACUGUUCAUAUCAGCAAACACAAGUUAGAAAUAUGAAGUAUGUUGUUUUGUUUCAUUGUAUAUUUUCAUCCUCGGCUUCACAGGUGGGGAUUGUCGGUCUUCAUUGACUCUUUUUUUUUGCACUUCAAGACGUCAACUUUGUAAAGAUGUACAUUUUAGGAAAGUUAUUCUUGUAUGCCAUAGUGAGCUUUAUAAUGCUUUAAUGUUUAAGUUAAGCGUACUGUAUUUUUUUAACGGCCUAGUUGUCCUUGCUCAACAAAAACAACGUAUUGGAGGUAAUAAAUUCAAAACC